UUUCCUGCCUCGCCUCUCUGCGAGAAACGGAGGCUGGGAGCGCCGGAGGAGCCCCUCUUCGUGCGCAGCGAUGUUGGCCAGCGGGGUUGCGCGGGGGGAGCCUGGAGACAAAGGGGAUUGAUCGUCAUUGGGUUAUUUUCCUUCGAAAUUAUGUCUGGGUGCCGGAAUGAAGCAGCAGAAGAGGGGUUUUGGGUAGUUGGUAGAAACUGCCCCUUAUUAUCCAAUAUUCCCAGGACCGAUGAUACAUCUGGGGGGGGGUCAAAGCUGAGAGAGAACCAUCUGAAGUAUCACUGGAAAAAGCUGAGGAGCAGAUGCAGGAGCAGAAACUGAGGAGUCAAGAUGGAGCAAAGAGACAAGAGGAGCGACAGACGCACACAGGGGAAAAACCUCAUAAAUGCUUGGAAUGUGGAAAGAGCUUUAGUCAGAGUGGCCACCUUACUUCACAUCAAAGAACUCACACAGGGGACAAACCUUAUAAAUGCUUGGAGUGUGGAAAGAGCUUCAGUGACAGUAGUGCCUUUAGUAAACAUAAAAGAACUCAUACAGGGGACAAACCUCAUAAAUGCUUGGAAUGUGGAAAGAGCUUUAGUCAGAGUGGCCACCUUACUUCACAUCAAAGAACUCACACAGGGGACAAACCUUAUAAAUGCUUGGAGUGUGGAAAGAGCUUCAGUGACAGUAGUGCCUUUAGUAAACAUAAAAGAACUCAUACAGGGGACAAACCUCAUAAAUGCUUGGAAUGUGGAAAGAGCUUCAGUCGGAGUGACAGCCUUACUUCACAUCAAAGAACUCACACGGGAGACAAACCUUAUAAAUGCUUGGAGUGUGGAAAGAGCUUCAGUCACAGUAGUGACUUUAGUAAACAUAAAAGAACUCACACAGGGGACAAACCUUAUGAAUGCUUGGAGUGUGGAAAGAGCUUCAGCCACAGUAGUGCCUUUAGUAAACAUAAAAGAACUCACACAGGGGACAAACCUUAUGAAUGCUUGGAGUGUGGAAAGAGCUUCAGCCACAGUAGUGCCUUUAGUAAACAUAAAAGAACUCACACAGGGGACAAACCUUAUGAAUGCUUGGAGUGUGGAAAGAGCUUCAGCCACAGUAGCAUCUUUAACACACAUCAAAGAACUCACACAGGGGAAAAACCUCAUAAAUGCUUGGAAUGUGGAAAGAGCUUCAGUCGGAGUGACAGCCUUACUUCGCAUCAAAGAACUCACACAGGAGACAGACCUUAUAAAUGCUUGGAGUGUGGAAAGAGCUUCAGUCACAGUAGCGCCCUUACUUCGCAUCAAAGAACUCACACAGGGGAAAAACCUCAUAAAUGCUUGGAAUGUGGAAAGAGCUUCAGUCGGAGUAGCCACCUUAUUUUGCAUCACAAAACUCACACAAGAGACAAACCUUAUAAAUGCUUCGAGUGUGGAAAGAGCUUCAGGUGUAGUAGCAACCUUUCUUUGCAUCACAGAAUUCACACAGGGGACAAACCUUAUAAAUGCUUUGAGUGUGGAAAGACCUUCAGUCAGAGUAGUGCCCUUACUUCGCAUCAAAGAACACACACAGGGGACAAACCUUAUAAAUGCUUGGAGUGUGGAAAGAGCUUCAGCCAGGGUGGAAACCUUACUUUGCAUCAAAGAAGUCACACAGGGGAAAAACCUCAUAAAUGCUUCGAGUGUGGAAAGAGCUUCCGUCGGAGUGACAGCCUUACUUCGCAUCAAAGAAGUCACACAGGAGACAAACCUUAUAAAUGCUUGGAGUGUGGAAAGGGCUUCAGGUGUAGUAGCAAACUUUCUUUGCAUCACAGAAUUCACACAGGGGACAAACCUUAUAAAUGCCUGGAGUGUGGAAAGAGCUUCAGUCAGAGUAGCGCCCUUACUUCGCAUCAAAGAACUCACACAGGGGACAAACCUUAUAAAUGCUUUGAGUGUGAAAAGACCUUCAGUCAGGGUGGAAACCUUACUUUGCAUCAAAGAAGUCACACAGGGGAAAAACCUCAUAAAUGCUUCGAGUGUGGAAAGAGCUUCUGUCGGAGUGACAGCCUUACUUUGCAUCAAACAACUCACACAGGAGACAAACCUUAUAAAUGCUUGGAGUGUGGAAAGGGCUUCAGGUGUGGUAGUAAACUUUCUUUGCAUCACAGAAUUCACACAGGGGACAAACCUUAUAAAUGCCUGGAAUGUGGAAAGACCUUCAGUCGGGGUGACCAACUUACUUCGCAUCACAGAUCUCACACAGAGGACAAACCUUAUAAAUGUUUGGAGUGUGGAAAGACCUUCAGGUGCAGUAGCUCCUUUACACAACAUCAAAGAACUCACAAGGGACAAAUGUUAUCGAUGCUUGGAGUGUGGAAAGAGAUUCAGUCAGAGUAGCUACCUUACUUCUCAUCAAAGAAGUGUUACGAUUGCUUGGCUAACCCCAUUUUGGUUCAAGUGGAACCCAGGAGGUGCAGGGCCAUGAACUAUAACUCCCACCCCCACCUCUCACACCCCUGCCCCGCUGGUAUGGCUGGUUACGAGUUCCUCGACAUAAAUUUUUUAUUCAAGUUUUCAAAAACAAAACAAAACAAAAAAGAAAAAGAACAAAUUAAUAACUAAUACAAUAAAAAAUAUUGACUUCCGAUUUGUCGUAAACCAGCUAUAGGUCUAUAGUAUAUAACAAACCUGUCCCUUAAUAUAUUACAGAAUCACUUUCCUCCAGUAGUUAUCUUGAUUAAUCAUUAAAUCUCAUUAACAUCAUUUCAUUUUAUUCUUUCCACAAAAAGUCAAAGAGAGGUUUCCAGUCCUUGAGGAAUAUAUCUUUCGAUUUUUCUCCAAAUAGGCAUGUCAAUUAAUCCAUCUGUUCAAGUCUAGUAAAUCCAGUAGUUUCAACAGCUAUUCUUCCAUUAUCAGUGUUAGUUUCAUCUUCCAUCAUCCAUCCUUGCACACAUAAUCCUGCUGUCAUAGUCAUAUAGUAAGAGUCUGAUAGGAAUUUCCUUCAUCACAAAUAUUUCCUUGCCAUCAAUUCUGACUGUGUUACUGAAAUAUUGUUGUAAAGUCAUAUCUCUGUUCCUCUUUUUUACGGAAUGCACUAGCACAUCUCUUGAGAGUUUUUCCAUUGUCACAUAUCUAGAAUUAAUUCUAUAAACUUUCUCUAUUUCAGGUUCCAUCAGAUCAUUCCAGUCCAGGAAUUUUUUUGAAACAUUGAUAAAUUUAUCUCUGAUAUCUUCACCAAUUCCUUCAGAGCCAGCACUGAAUUCCAAACAAUAAUCUUUGUCACUAGGAUCCAUCACAGCCAUAAAAUCCAAAUCUUUUUCCAAUUCCACAUUUGAUAUAUCUAUUCCAAUCUCCAGGACUUGCACCUUCUCUUUAAUUUUUCUUUCAUCUUCUGUUACUUGUCCAGUUAUAUCUUCUUUUCUCAUAGAAUCCUUUAUUUCUUUCAGCUCCUGUUUCAUUUUGCCAAAUUCAAUUUUCAUCUCUUGUCUGCCCUGUCUCAAUUCUUCUUUCGUUAUCUUAAUCUCAUCCAUUAUUUUCUGAAACAUAUUUAGAGAGAGAACCCCUUCCUGUACAUCCAGGGUCUCGGCCACUUUCUUGAUUGUCAUUCUUAAGACCGGAAAAAAACAACAACCCUUCAAUUUCCAAUAUAGCCACUAUUCCCAAGCAAAGAGCAAUUUAUUUCUUUUUCCAGCAACAAAGGAGUUAAUAUUCCAAGCCUGUUGACAUCAUCUUCUAGACAGCACAAACUGCCUUAUCUCUUAUGUUACCAAGAGUGCAAAACAAAUUUAGCUCACAGCAUCAAAAUAGUUAGUGGCAUAAAGAAUAAGCAGAUUCGUCAAAAUAAAGUAGACCAGAAAAAAUAGUCCCAGACAUAUAGUACUCAAAUGUUCAUAUUAAUCAGAUUUUCCUCGGAUUAGAUGCCCCUCAUCCGUUUGUAUCUUUAUAAUGCUCAAUUCCAUGCCAGCUUUUUGCAAUAAAAACAAAGAUAAGCUUUUUUGAUUUUCUUCCUCCUUAAUUCCGUGUAUAAAAGAGAAAGGUAUAACUCACCCAGGGAUUCUUUGUUGCUGAUUCUUUAACAAAUCUAUUUUACUGUAACAAUGAUAAGAAUGAUAAGAGUAGACAGAAGAAUGCUUGCCUGUUAAAAUCCGUUUUUCUUUAAAGAAAAAAAAACUCUCGCUUAGUCAGUUUGAGCUUGCUUGAAUUCCCUGUCUCCGUCCGACGCUGCUGGCUACACCUUCGUUCAUAGGCGAUCCUGAUGAAUUCCAGUCCCCAACAAACACAACGAAACUUCAGUGGGUGAUCUCUUCAUUUCUCCCUUGCCUGGGAGAAAGUUUUUACCAGUCAAAAAAUUCUUCUGACUAGUUUUAAAACUGAAAAAGCUUCCUCUGAGACGGGAGCUCGUCUCAGAGGCAGUCACAGGCGGAGCAAUCCUCCUGGGAAGUCUGCUGGUUAUGAGUUCCAUAGGUGUUGUGCGAAGAACAACAAGGGCACCGUUAAGAAACAAAAUUAACCAAAAGCUACGGCAUAAAUGUUAUCUUCUUCUUUGGCAGACUUCCCUCACUCACAGUAGAAUCCUCCAUUGUUCAUUAUAAGGAGCCUUAGUUUUUCAGGGUUAGUAAGAAACUCUCAUGCAGGCACACACACACACGCGCACAAAAUCAGCAGAUUCCCAGUCCCCUCCUUUGCAGGAGGGGGAGAGUGGAAAAAGUCUUUUAAAAAUGAGGCUUGAAUCUAGAGAGAGAAGGAGAAGGGGGGCCAGAGAGAUCCGAGCUCCACCCUGUGUACUAUGCUGUCAAGGAAUGCAUGGAGGGACUGCAGGGACAGAACCGGGAAGACUCUGGGUCUUGGAGCAAACCCUUGAGACCAAGAGAUUCCUUCCUGGUUUUGGAUCAGAGCUCUUCCACAUACCUUCAGCUGUAUUCAGCCGCCCACUCAGGGCCUAGGAGAGGUAAUCAUUCCUACUUUUAAUAGGAAUAGGGUCCUUUAAUCUCUUUAGUUUAAAGUUAUGAAUGGGUUAGGAUAUCAAUGAUUAAUGCUGCCACGCACCCAAGUAAUUCUGUAACGCUGUUCUACUCUUUUUCUCAAUAAAA